AAUGAGAGAUUCGGCUUCCGUAAAUUACCUCUUUCGAUUUCGUAAACAAAUGUGAACAGACGCGAAGUGCCAAGUGCUCGAGUAGACACGUUCAGCUACAAUUACCUAAACAAUCAUGGCUAUGAUGGUGAUGAAUCAGAAGGGUCAGACACAGUAUUAGUACAAGUGAUGUUGCGACUACUUAAGGAGACAUCUUUUAAAAUUCGAACUCAGAAUUGUGUGAUGUCAACCAGUGCACUACGACAUAUAAAUUAUGGAAACAAUUCACAACAGCCGAAAGCUGUUAUUUUUGAUAUGGGAGGUGUUAUGAUUCCAUCACCAGUCCCCCUAAUCCAAAAAUUUGCUAUAAAACAUAAACUUUCACCAGCUCAAAUGGAUGACUUGCUUUUCAAAGGUGGUGAUAAAAGUCUAUGGGGUCGACUGGAGUGUGGAGAGUUUACUGCUGAAGAAUUUCCAUCAUAUUUAUCCGAACGUUCCAUGAAGUUGUUCAGUAAAAGUUUGCCUGAUGAAAUAAUCACACCAAUGAUCAAUGUAACUGAGUUUAGCAAGCCCCGUCCUGAAAUGGUAUCGGCAGUUAAAGAACUUCGUGCAGUUGGAAUUAAAACAGCAUUGUUAACAAACAACAUACUGAUAAAGGAUAACGAAUCUUGUCUUGUAUUAGAUAGGGAAUUAUUUGAUACAGUAGUAGAGUCUUGUGUUGAAAAAUUAAGAAAACCUAACCCUGCUAUCUAUCAGCUAGCCUUAGACAGGCUUCAAGUAGCACCUAGUGAAGCUGUGUAUCUUGAUGACAUUGGUGUCAAUCUCAAAGCAGCAAAAGUUCUUGGAAUGGAAACUAUCAAAGUAAAUGAGACACAUGCUGCCUUAAAGGAACUUGAGAAUAUUUUUCACAUUAAUCUUGGAACAAUAGUUCCAAGAACUAUUGACAUAGCAGAGAGGCAUAAACUACCAGUUGAUUCUCUCAAGGCGUACUUGGUCAAUGUCCUUAAACUUCCUGAUGAUGGUCUACCCAUGGUUUUAAGAAAAUUUAAAGAUGGCCAAUCAAAUCCAACAUAUUAUCUGAAGUUUGGUGGUAGAGAAAUGGUUUUACGCAAAAAGCCUCCUGGCAAGCUUCUUCCAUCUGCACAUGCUGUUGAAAGGGAAUACAGAGUUAUGAAAGCACUUGGAGAGAAUGGAGUGCCAGUACCUAAUCUGGUAUGCUUAUGUGAAGAUAGUACUGUUGUUGGUACACCUUUUUACAUAAUGGAUUAUAUUCGUGGACGAAUAUUCAACUCAGUUUCCCUACCAAAUAUGUCAAAAAAUGAGAGACAACAGAUAUACAACUCUAUGAAUGAAGUUUUACAAAAAAUUCAUUCAGUUGAUAUAAAAAAAGCUGGGUUAGGUGACUAUGGGAAAUCAGGUAACUACAUUUUACGUCAAACUGAGCGUUGGACAAAACAAUAUUUAUCAUCCAAAAUGCAUGAACAGCCUGCAAUGAAUCGUUUAAUGGAUUGGCUUACAAAAUAUGCACCAACUAAUCAGAAAAGUACUGUUGUGCAUGGUGACUUUCGAAUUGACAAUUGCAUCUUUGAUGAAAACUCUUCAAAAGUGGUGGCAGUUCUGGAUUGGGAAUUAUCAACUUUGGGUGACCCAUUAUCAGAUCUGGCUUAUAACUGUUUGUUUCAUUACAUGCCUCAAAUGUCCCCUGUCUUUGCAGGUCUUCUUGGAUUAAGCUUAAAAGAAUUAGGAAUCCCCACAGAUGUUGAAUACAUGAAGAAAUAUUGUAAAGACAUGAAUAUUGACGAUGUGAAAGAUUGGAAUGUGUACAUGGCAUUUUCGUUUUUCAGACUUGCUGCAAUUGGACAAGGUGUUUAUAAGAGAGCUUUAGAAGGAAAGGCUAGCUCAGAUCAAGGCGAACAUAUGGGCAAACUUGUGGAUGUUCUAGCUAAUGUUGGUUGCUCCUUUAUUGACAAAGAAGAGGCCAAAAAAACUCAUCUUGAACGAUUCAAAGCUGAUGAUUGUGUGAAUCUAAUCUUUGAUGUGUCUGGAUUGCGACCAAAAGUUCAACAUUUGUACUCGCAAGUAAACAAAUUUAUGAAAGAUGAAAUAUAUCCAAUUGAGAAGGAAAUGUUUGUUGAAAGAUCACCUGAACAAAAAUGGACAGUUCAUCCAAAAUUAGAAGAGCUUAAGGAGAAGGCGAAAUCACAAUCACUUUGGAAUUUAUUUGUGCCAUUGGAAACUGACCCGAAUCAAAUAUACGGGGCAGGCUUAACAAACCUUGAGUAUGCUUUUAUAUGUGAACAGAUGGGAAAAGUUCUUUUUGCACCAGAGAUCUUUAAUUGUUCUGCUCCUGACACUGGUAAUAUGGAAGUUUUAAUAAAAUAUGGUACGGAAGUUCAAAAGGAAGAAUGGUUGAAACCUUUAUUGGCUGGAGAAAUUCGCUCAUGUUUUGGGAUGACGGAGCCACAGGUUGCUUCGUCAGAUGCUACUAACAUCCAAUCAUCAAUCGUUCGAGAUGGUGACGAGUAUGUCAUUAAUGGAAGAAAAUGGUGGACUUCAGGUGCGAUGGAUCCUCGCUGUAAACUCUGUAUAUUUAUGGGUAAGACUGACCCCUCUGCAUCGAAACACAAACAGCAGAGUAUGAUAUUAGUACCCAUGGAUGCACCAGGAGUUAAAAUCAUUCGACCACUCUCUGUGUUUGGAUUUGAAGAUCCACCAGCUGGUCAUGCAGAAGUUGAGUUUGUAAAUGUACGUGUACCAGCAUCCAAUUUGCUACUGGGUGAAGGUCGUGGUUUUGAGAUCGCACAGGGACGUUUGGGUCCAGGUCGAAUUCAUCACUGCAUGAGAUUGAUUGGAUAUGCAGAAAGGGCAUUAGAAUUGAUGAUUGAACGGACAAUGUCACGUGAGGCCUUCGGUAAACCAUUAAUUCGUCAAGGAACCAUUCAAUCGGACAUUGCGGAAUCAAGAAUAGACAUUGAGCAAGCAAGAUUGCUGACGUUAAAAGCCGCUCACAUGAUGGAUACAGUUGGAAAUAAAGCUGCAGCGAAAGAGAUAGCAAUGAUUAAGGUGGUAGCACCAGUAAUGGCACAACGUGUGAUCGACAGAGCUAUACAAGCUUUUGGCGGAGCCGGCUUGUCAGGAGAUACGCCUCUGGCGUAUUUGUUUACAUGGGCGCGAGUGCUACGUUUAGCUGAUGGUCCUGAUGAGGUGCACAGGAGAAGUAUAGCGCGCAUGGAAAUAAAAGAACAUGUGAAAAGUAAUAUGUAACCGUUGUAUGGAAUUAUAAGUGUCGUGAAUAAAAAUGAAAGUAUGGUGGAGUUCAUUCUCCACCGUGCCUGUUAAAACAUUCUACCUUCGACUUGUUAUUUUAAGUAUUGUUAUAUAUUGUAUAUAUUUAUGUUGCGUUUGAAUUUUAUGCAUUAAUGUCUUUUUUUUACAAAAAAAUUAAACAAAAAUACUAAUGUAAUAUAUACAGGAUUAAAGUAUCUAAUUUUCAAUCCUACUUUUACAAGACAGAACGAACGUCUUUUUUGUUAUAACUGCUCAUUUCUAAAUCGCCAUUUUGCAUUGAAUUUAUAUUUAUUUCAUUUAGGUAGGUCGUUUAGUUUUAUAUAUACCUGUCGAAACGCAGCUUUGAAUAUUCCUCGAUCGUUAUUCACCUCUAGAUAAGAACAUUGCCUAAAAUUUUUCAGAUGAAGCUGUGCAUUUCUCGAUUCUUUACGAUUAUUUUCACCUAAUGUAAGGUAUAAAAAUUUCUACGAUAUGUAGUAUUUUGUUAGUUAUACACAUAGGAUAAUAUUUUGUUUUAAUACAUUUAUAUUAGCGUUUUUAAGAUGGUGUUUUAUAAUUGCGUUGCUGUCAUCCUGAGUACUGUGCCUUGCACUGCGCGAUUGAAGUGUACUUUGUGCCGACGUGAUCUUCAGGCUAAGUGUUUGUGUCGGAUCAGAAUAUGCUUUGGUAGUAUGUAAGUUCACAUGGUGUGUGUGGCACAAGAGUAUAGCAUUUAAAUUUUUGGUAUUUUUUGCAUUUACUUUUACACGUCAUACCUUCACGUAAACCGCCACUCCUAUUUAAUAAUUUAGUCAAAUUAUACUGGCAGAAAAAAAACUCAGCAACUCAACAAGGUUAGUUUAUAUCUUAUCUAACUUGUUUAUGUAUAAUAAUGUUAAUGGUUUUUAUUUUUUGUUUUUCUGUGCAUCAUAAUCUGCAAUUUGCUUCUCCUGACAUGAUAUCAAAGCUGGAUUCCGUGUUUCAAAAUUAUAAAAUACACAUUUUUAGGUUUACCUCCCGCGAAAAAACAAGUUAAUUUCAUAUAAAAGAGCUUUAAAAGCUGUUUAGGGAAUUUGUAUAUUUUUGAAAAAUAUUGAUUUGUUUUUUUGAAGAAUUUUAAAAUACGGAUUUCAAUUUUUGUUGUUGUUGUUGUUGUUGAGAAAUUCGAAUUGUUGAAAAAAGUUGUGGAAAACAAUUUUUUUUGAAAAGAAAUCAUGGUAAGGUUAUGAAAUUUUUUGAAGUAAGCGUCUUCGGAUUUUGUUAACGGCCUUUUCACUUAAUUAGCGUAUUUUAUAUUUCGUGGUAUCCAGGAGUGGAGGUUUGCGCUUAUAUUGAUGAGACGAGUUAAUUUAGUUCCUAAUUCUGUUAAAUCGUUGCAUAUAUAUAUUAUCCAAUAUGUAAUCUUAAAAAGCCUUUUUACGGCGUUUGGUGAUCCUUAUGUCUUUAAAUAAAUCAGGGAUUUAUUUAAAGAUAUAUUUCAAGGCUGUAUCGUCCAAUACAAGAUAGCAGGCGGUAUAUGAAAUACUAAUCAAAAA